UCUGAAUACAGCUACUGAAAUGGACCCAACUCUUUCUUAUCCUUACAAAUAUAGAGCCAUCUCACUGAUGGAGGAAGACAAAAUUGGUGCUGCCGUAUCCGAGAUUAACAAGAUAAUUGGUUUCAAGGUAUCUCCUGACUGCCUUGAGCUGCGUGCUUGGUUUUUAAUUGCCAUGGAGGACUAUGAAGGAGCCCUAACAGAUGUCCGUGCACUUCUAACUUUAGAUCCUCAAUAUAUGAUGUUUCAUGGAAAGUUGCACGGUGACCAACUGGUAGAGCUUUUACGUCAUAAUGUGCAGCAAUGUAGUCAGGCUGAUUGCUGGAUGCAACUUUAUGAUAGGUGGUCCUCAGUAGAUGAUAUUGGCUCUCUGGCUGUUGUACACCAUAUGCUGGCUAACGAUCCUGGGAAGAGCCUUUUACGGUUCCGUCAAUCUCUCCUCCUCCUAAGAUUAAAUUGCCACAAGGCUGCUAUGAGAAGUCUAAGAAUGGCUCGCAACCAUGCAACGUCUGAGCAUGAAAGGCUUGUCUAUGAAGGCUGGAUUUUAUAUGAUACAGGUUAUCGUGAAGAAGCAAUAGCAAAAGCUGAAGAAUCCAUCUCAAUCCAGAGAUCAUUUGAAGCCUUUUUCCUGAAAGCAUAUGUUCUGUCUGAAACGACGACAGAUAAUGAGUCUUCAUUCUAUGUGAUCCAGCUUCUUGAGGAAGCUCUCAGGUGCCCGUCUGAUGGCCUUAGAAAAGGACAAGCCUUGAGUAAUUUGGCAAGUAUCUAUGUGGAUGUGGAUAAACUAGACCAUGCAGUUGACUGCUACAUGAAUGCCCUGAAUAUUAAGCAUACAAGAGCGCAUCAGGGCCUGGCACGUGUAUACCAUCUAAAAAAUAUGCGGAAAGCUGCAUAUGACGAGAUGACAAAGUUGAUUGAGAAGGCUAGAUAUAAUGCAUCAGCUUAUGAGAAACGCUCAGAGUACUGUGACCGUGAUAUGGCAAAAAGUGAUCUUAGCAUGGCAACCCGAUUGGACCCUCUAAGGACAUAUCCAUAUCGAUACCGGGCUGCUGUUUUAAUGGAUGACCAUAAGGAAGCUGAAGCGAUAGCAGAGCUCACUAAAGCAAUAGCUUUCAAACCAGACCUACAGCUGCUUCAUCUUCGGGCAGCAUUCCAUGAUUCAAUGGGUGAUUACAAAUCCACCCUCCAAGACUGUGAGGCUGCACUUUGUCUUGAUCCUAAACACGCAGAUACACUCGAACUUUAUCAAAAAGCCAAAAAGUGGGCUGAAGAACAGCCAAAGUGAGAGGGAAAGCGAGCAGUAUUUGGUGGAUGUCUCGUAAUUCUUGUGUGGCAUCAGCUGUUGUCAUCUCAUUGUUUCUACUGCAUGACUCUGGGAGCAGUUUGUUUGAUAUUUCCUUGGAGCUUUGUUUGUACAUGAUUACAUCAGCAGAAGGAAGAUUACAGAAAAUAUAUGUCUUGCGAAAAGAAAAUACAAAGAGCAAAUGCCCUGUAAACUCAUAUGCACUUCUUCCAUUCUUGUUCUUUUUUUUUUCUUGUAUUAUUUUUUGUCAAUGGUAAGUUGAUGAGCUCGCAUAGCAUAAAGAGAAAUUGAUCCUACAAUGUUUGUGUUUCAUUGAAAUUGGCAAAGAAGUGAUGCACUUGUUAUGAGUAAAUAUGCACAUUAAAUUACAGGCUGUUGCGUCAUGUGGUUUUAGUUUUGGUGGUGCUAAUAGAUGUUCCAUCUCCAUUGAUUUUUU